CCCUAAACAACGCCAGUACUUUGUUUGUAUGACAAGCCAAGCUUACAAGGUGUGGUGCCAAUAGAUCCCCCGCCAUAAUCCAUAAUCCAUAAUCCGGAGAAUCUGUCUUGUACUCCAGGCCAAAUAACAAGACCCUACCUUGCUCCGUGCUCUUCACCUAACCCAACUCAUCCCCGCCUAGCUGUCUUGAUCGUGAAACCUAGUCUCUCACCUAUACCUAGGUCAUGAAUUGAGAAUCGGGAUUGUGGGGUUUGCGCCAUAGUUGUCGACUUACACUACAUCUUUUCAACUUGUUGCUCGCUGGUUUCCGGAUGCGAUUAGGUCAAGCUACAUACAAUACAUAGGUAGACGAUGCUUCCCACAGGGUUGAGCUAGGUAGAGCUAUGAAUUAUUCCUUCGGGACGACAUCGAUGUUUGCCAGCAGCGAUACGUUAAAAGCGUCGCGGGUGACGGCAGGUAUCCGGUAUCUGAUACUCGUUGCGGCCUGGGCGCGGUUCACGACACUUGGUGUAGCUCAGACAUUGCCGUAUAUCCCCACGAGCAUCUUCAUUCCAGAGUCGAAACCCGCGCCAGCCCAAGACAAUGCGACUAUCAACGUGGCAUACAUAUUCUCGCCACAGGGAGAUUGGGUCGACCUGUUAGCGCUCAACUUUUCCGGAAACCUCCGAGCUUCAUCGUUGCCCUUCCAAACCCUGUCGUCAAAUGUACCCUUUCUUGAUACGAAUAACACGGCGUUUAUACCGUCGCUCGCGGACAACGGAUCACUCAUCGUCUAUGCCGGCGACUGUUCAUCGCCGGCAAGUUCCGAAAUCUGGACGUUCAAUCCGUCUCCUAACGACGAUGCAUCGGCGUCUUGGAUCAAGGCGAGCACUACGCUAGCGACAAAGGCGGAUGACGUCCAAGUAGGACCAAGUUUCUUGGGCACCGGAUUCAGCUUUUCAGCCACCCUAGCGCCUGUGCUAUCACAAGCCAGCACUUAUGUUUAUGGAGGAAUGUGUCCUGACGAGACCGCUAACGGAAGUACACCCCAAGAAAAAGCCGCCUAUUCGAACCAGAUGGUCAAGAUCGCCCCAUCUGCAACUGGCUCGGGAAAGUUCGUGGUCGGCCCAGUCUCUAAUAAUGGUCCUCCCGUGCCCGAGGCUGGGUUUACGUUUACCGGCUUAUCUCCCUCUGUCUCGAAUCGAUCAGGCAUAAUCACCCAACAAAUCAACUACGUACUAUUAGGUGGUCAUACCGAGAACGCAUUUAUCAAUAUGAGCACCGUCGCAAUAUGGAGUUUACCGGAGGAAAGCUGGAGUUUCAUUUCCAAUAUCGUCACAGCGAGUUCGAAUUCUGCCAACACCGAACUUGCGGUUAAAAGCAACGAUAUUUACACGAAUCACACGAUAGACAGUCGAUCUGGCCACACAGCGGUACUAAGUGAAGACGGGACUUCUUUAAUCAUCCUCGGCGGCUGGGUUGGUGACUUAACUCAAGCUGCCACACCACAACUAGCUAUUCUCAACAUCGGAGCUAGCUACGGCGGGAAUGGGGACUGGGAGUGGUCUAUUCCUGAUGUUCAACCGCCCGGGCCCGGGUUAUACGGGCAUGGUGCCGCACUGCUGCCUGGAAACAUCAUGAUGGUCUACGGAGGCUAUAACAUAUCAUCAUCAUCCGAAACCACAACUAAGAGACAAGCUUCUAGUGGUGAUAGUAUGCCCAUGUUCCUCAACCUUACAUCAAUGAGCUGGUCUAGCGACUAUACAAACCCAGAAUUCGCUGGAACGGAUUCAGGCGGUGACUUGAGUAGUGGUGAUAGCGAUGUUGGUACACGUUUAGGCAUUGGACUAGGCGUCGGCUUGGGUUGCGUAGCUAUUAUCAUUGCCAUCCUACUAUUCCUCUUGUACCGCCGCCGGAAGCGCCACAGGCGUACGAUCCGGGACUCCGCCAUCCGCGCACUUGCCCAGGACACCUCUCGCUUCCUACCUCAUGACGACGAAAUGAUGGAGCAAGAUCACCCUGGUGGAAUGUGGUAUACGGGUGGCCCAGAUCCGUAUCUGCGUGGGAACCGCUCGCUCGGUUAUCAGAGCUUACAGACAGCUCGUACUAGCGUAGACAACGGCCAACAACCGUGGUACGGCGGCAUGUCCCCAGCGCAGGUAGCAAGGAAGCCGCUCUCCCGCCGGAAUACGUACGAUCCUCCAUCGAGUGGGAUACACCCCAUUAUUGAAGCAGACGAAGACGGCUCGCUUCACGACGGCGACAUUACGAGCGAGCCCGUUAGCCCCCUGCGGGACAUGAAUAGCGACGGUAGACAUGAUUCCGACCCGUUCCUCACGCCAACGCAGGAGAAUCAGAUUUCGUUCCCGCCCUCUAACCGUGCCUCAAUAACGCCCAGCCCCGAAGAGCGCCGUCUCACCACGGACCCGGAGGUUCAGGACUGGAUGACCGAUGUCGAGGCCAUGGAUGCGUUAUUAAACAGUCGCGGCGCGGCACGCGUAUCAGCAGCUUCCGGACAGGUUUCCCCAACGAGACGAAGUCCCGACGACUCGCGAACAGAAAGCAACAUCUCCGAGUCCAACCGCAGCAACCCAGGUGUAAGCCGCUCGGACUCGGUGCGCUCAGUCCUUCGCACCGGUUUCGGCAUCGCAGCCGCCGCCCUAGGGGCUACAAACGACGAGGGCCGCGGCGGAAGCAGCAGUUCGAGCUCGGCGCCCAGCUACAACACUGCCAAGAGUAGUUUCGCGGCGCUCCAAGCCGAGGGUCCGGCUUUACUCAUGGGGAAGCCCCGGGACGACGACGAGGCGCCGGGAAGCCCGAGCAAGAACAAGCCGCGGCGCAACUGGCUCGGCAGCCUGCGCCGCGUGUUCAACGGGCCCAGCCCGGCCGAUACACCGGAUAGAGAGGGGCCCGUCGACGAGAGCUUCGCGGACGCAAAGGAUUACGAUAUGCCGCGCAGUGGUCUGAGCGAGAUCGCGGCUGGAGGGUUGCUGCGCAGGAAGAGCGGGAGAGGGGAUUGGGAGGGCAUGGAGCGGAGGUACAGCGAGAAAGGCAAAGGGAGGGAUACAACAAGUGCGAGUAACCAGGAGCGCGCCACGGCGGAAAAAGACGAGGAAGAGGAGGAGUGGGAUAUCGAAAAGGCCGUCGAGAGACGGCUCGUGCAAGUCAUGUUCACGGUGCCUAGGGAGCCCCUGCGCGUGGUCAACGCCGAGCCCGACACGGAGAGCGGCAAGGACGUCACGGUUGCGAGUCCGGAGGUAAUAAAUCGAGAGCAGGACAUAACAGAAAGUCGCAACGCGCCCGUUACGAUAGAAGGAGAAGAAGAGGAGCAUCAUGAUCUCGGCACUCCGCUCCCAAGCCCGAGCGAGGACGACGCAAGUCUAGCCGAAGCUAGGGACGCCGAGGAGAAGCAGAUCCUGCGCGAAGUAGGCCAAGAGCUAGAGGCCGAGUGGAAGCGCGCUACGGAUAGGGAUAGUAGGGGCAGACAGCCGAAUACCACCCCGACACACCACCGCACGCCUACGUCGCUGCGGGAGGAGGGCGUGCGUCUGCUGGGUGUGGUGGAGCCGGGCAGCAGCGAGUCCCGGAAGAGGAAGCCAUCGCGGUCGCCGGUGGAGGACCCGGACGGCGAUGUAUUUUCCGCGCAGGCAGUGCGGCUAGAGCGGCCGCCGCGGACAAGGGUCCUGGCUAUGGUGGAAAGCCUCGAGAGUCUGCAUAAUAAGAGCCGGGAGAACAGUCCCGCCGUGUCUCCUUCGCGGUGACAUGGCGUCGUCUAGGUAGGGUCUAGCACCUGGGAUAAACUGUACCUAGGUAGGUAGGUAGGUAGGUACCUAUAGAAGUUUACUUACUACCUAGGUAGGCGUGCAACCUCAGGAUCGGGAGUCGAGAACGAACGGAGUUAUUAAUCGUCGGGGCAUAGCGGACCAUCGUUUGGCAAAGGCGUUGUGUUUUAUUGGGCUAGGAAUGGACGGACGCAUCGAAUAUUCCCCCUGGGUAUGGGGACUGGAAGGAAGGAAGGGAAGAAGUAGAGAUAGGUCUACGUACAUGUACUGCGAUGUGUUGUCGCGAAUGGAAUUCGUUUACUGAGGAAAAUACCCGUUUUAGUUGAUUAUAUUCUAGCUAGCUAUGCUCGCACUGACGGAUAGCUUGACGUGAUUGUGGUGUCUACCUAUGUUUCUUUAAGGUAUGGAAGG